CAGGAUCGGGCGAUGCGCGCACAAAUGAUUGGACAGCAUAUGAUGAGCAACCAAGACAUGCUCUACGCCGGGGUUCGGUAUUCUGGCUCUAAUGGACUCGGCACUACUCCAGCCACGCCACCCGUCAGUUCAAUUCUGCACGAUGAUCGCUGCUCCGGAUUGCCACACGAUGUCAUAACCGGUGUAGAUUAUUCUCUAAGCACAGGCAAAGGCGCUAAUGACGUGAGCGAUUUAUGUGGAAUCAACACAGCGACUCAUGAAGCAGACAGCCUGAGAGGGGGUGAGACAACCAGGACAGUGCC